AUGCACGCCAGCUCCUUCAUCGCUCUCGCCCUGGGCGCCACCGCCGUUUCUGCGGCCGCUUUCCCCAACGUCGAAGCCAGACAGCAGUCGUGCGAGCCGUACUGCAACUUCCCCAACCUCCCCAAGAUCCUCGACUGCCCGAGAAAUGGCGGCCAACGCCUCACUAAAGACGUCGUUGCCAAAGCGCUUCUUGCCGCUGAUAGGAGUGAACCACCGCGCGAGACCAGUGCCAACAACCUUGCUACGUCGCAUUGCAACGGAUCGCGAUUUUCCGGCAUUCCUCUCUGGACUAUAACUGGCGGUGCUUACUAUGCUAUGGCACGUAACGGCACCUUUUGGCUUUGCGGCACGAUUUCGACGGCAGUUGGGUCACCUGUGCGCACUAGCUGCACUUUCAAGAACUAA